UCUAGCGCAUAGCAGGGGGGAAUACAGAUCUUUGAUGACGAUGGUAGAGACAGCGGCACGGGUCACUGCCCCGGCGUGGGGACACAGCCCUUCCGGGGAGCGCCCUGCCCCAGCCCCCUUUCUUUGGGGAUGUUGAUUGCGGCCGCGGGGCGGCGGGCGGAGGGAUGGGAGGGACGGCCAGCAGGUCGUCCCCGCGGUCCACGGCAGCGGAAGCGAUUACUCCCAGUGGUGUCUGGCGGGCUCGCCCGGCGAAGACUCAGCACUUCGCGGCCCCUUGAUGGCGCCGCCGCCCCGCCCCCGGUCCAGCCUAUAACCGGGGUCGGCACGUGCCCCCACCCCCGGGCCGCAGCCAUGGCCGCCGCGCAGCCCCAAGCACGCCGGGUCGGGGCGGGCCCCGCAACCUCCGCGUCCCCUGGCGUCCUUGCGAGCUUCCCCGCACCUGCCGGCCCCUCGCCCCCCAGAGGCUCGGCCGCUCCUCCAGCACAGCAGCGCCGCAAGCGCACAUCGUUCAACGCCGAGCAGCUGCAGCUGCUGGAGCUCGUCUUCCGCCGGACCAUGUACCCCGACAUUCACCUGCGCGAGCGCCUGGCGGCGCUCACGGUGCUCCCCGAGUCCAGGAUCCAGGUGUGGUUCCAGAACAGGCGAGCUAAGUCACGGCGGCAGAGUGGGAAAUCCUUUCAACCUGCAGCCAGGCCGGAGCCUUUCCUGCACCGCUCUGCUCAUGGAACUGAAGCGAAAUGUUUGAAGCCCCAGCUACCUCUUGAGGUAGAUGUGAACUGCCUGCCCGCUCCCAACAGGGUUGGAUAUGGCAUCUCUGACCCUCGCUCCCAAGGUCAGAAUUUUGAACCCUAUUCUCCUCCUUCUGAAGACAUUGGUUCAAAGCUGGACUCAUGGGAGGAACACAUCUUUCCUGCUUUCGGGAACUGUUGAGGCACCUGGGAGAAUUCUGGAGAAGCUCAGAGGAGCCACGGCUGGCAGCCAGAGAGACACACAUCAGAAUGCUGUCCUUUCUGGCUUCCAUGACCUUGAUGAUGUUUGGACAGUCAUCUGUCACCUGUGAUGCCUCCCCUUUGGCCCAUGAACCUUCACCUAAGCCCGUUCUUUCUCUGAGGCACUGUCCUGGGAGUUCGGCCUUCAUUUCCUCCUAUGCGUCUCCCAAUCUGCACAUGCCUGUCUUUACCAGUCCUAUUCUUAUUUUCUGGACUAGUUUUCCAGAACACCUGUUUUCUUCACCAGGCUCCUCAGCUGGGCCCCCUUUCCCUUUGGGGUUGGCAGCUGCCAUCCUCCCAUGGUUCCUCACUCUGACCCACCUCCUCCAGUCCUCAUCCUGUCAUGGAGAUUUACUCGCUUUUUUGUGUGGCCUGUCAUCUUUACACUUGUGGCAUCCAGAUUAUUUCAAGAGAACCCUUUCUCUGGCUUCUCAGUUUUAAAAAAAAUUACUGUUUAGAAAUUUGAAGGAGCCUCCAAUUGCUACCAAAUUAUAAAAACCUUCUGGUUACAUGUCCAGAUAACUCAUCCACAGCCUACAGGGCAUUAUGCAGAUCUUUUUAAUGUCACCCAUCCCCCAAAAUGCCUCUGUCUCAAAGCCACUGCUUUCAGUUUUGGAACCAAAGGAAUACCUGUCUUUCUGAAACCUGUGAUGAAACACUCAAGACACCUCCGUUUCUGAAUGAAACUACUUCUUGUGCUGAUUUGUGCCUGUUCCUUCAGCCGCUCCAGCAUUUCCCUUAGCAUGGGUCACUAUGCCUCUGGGCAAUGCCAGCGGACUAGUAAAAAUUUACCACCCAUGCUGUAUUGUGAUUCUCUUUAAAGGAACCGUCCUUUAGGCAGCACUCAGUAUGUUGCUUCACUCACAUUUACUCAGGACAUGUUACGUGGCCAUGAAAACAUUUCUCAAAGAAACUUUCUGCAAAGGUAGUUUAUAGCCAGUAAUCACUGUAUCAGCAGGCCACUGUGCUGAGCUCCUUAACUUGGUUAAAAACCUGACUUUGGCUUGUCCAAAGUUUAGUAACAUGAGUCUGUUGGUUUCAGAUUUCUCUUUCCCAAUUUAUACAUUAAGGAUCUCUGUAAAUCACUGUUCCUAAGUUAGCCCAAGAUACGUUUAAAUAUUGUUUUGAUAUUUUGAGGAUUUCCAAGCUCCCAAGGACCAAAGGGAACUUGUAGAGGAGGUAACCAUAGGUGUGGUUUCUUUGUAAACUGAGCUUUGGAAGAGGCUGGGGAGCAGCCAUGGCCAGGGCCAGGAUGCAUGUCUUGCUGGUUACCAGGAGCUGAGCUACCCAAAUGUCUUAGAGAUUAUACAUGUCAGUUGCCCUAAUUUUCAAAUGGCUUGCACUUUUCAAAGUAGCAAAUCCACUCUUAAAAGCAACCAAGACAUAGAGUUCAGGAUUUAGUAGGAGACUUGACUUCUGAACCCUUAAACUGAAACCAAAACUGAGAUGAUCAACAUUACCUAUUAUUAUUUUAAGUGCUUGCUAUGUACCAAAUACUGUGCUCAAGGCCCAUGGGGGUGUGGCCAGGAGGGUGCACAUCAGAGCUUCCUUUGAAAUUAGACUUGGCAAUGAGAUGACACAAAUACAUUCACAAGACAGAGAAACAGAACACUUUAUAGUCCAAGUGUCACAUUUAAAAGUAAGUCUUGGAAUUAGCUUAUUAAUUGUAUUGCAUUUAUAUGGUUAUGUUUUCCUCAGUGAACAAUUCAGAAAUCUGCAAAUAUUUAAAUCUUGUCAAAUUUUGAUUUCUAAAAAUUGUGGGGUCCAUCAAGAACAGUAGUCUGCACCUCAAAGUCUUUUAAGACCCUAAAUCUAAAUGUAUCAUAGGCAUUAUGAUUAAUCCUCGACAAUUAUCAUUUAAGGUAGGGACUACAGUCGUUUCACUUAAAGGAUCAAGUAACUUUAGUAGUUCACAAUCACACAGUUAAUUGAUGGCUGGGAAAUCUAGGACUAACUCAUUCCAUUCACCACCUCCUGUGUUGGCCUGGCAUUAAUGUAGAGCUACUCCAACAUGACUACUUUAAAUGAUAGAUUUCUUCUUCCCUAAACAGAAAAAAAAUCCCAAAAUAUUCUUAGGUACAGUUCUGGCCAUCAACACAAGAUGGCACUGAAAGACACAGAUGCAGCUUAAUAUGUGCAAAAUGAGGACUCAUCUAAGUGUGACAAGUAAGCCAAGUAAGCCUCAAGAACUGUAAAAACAAAUGUAAAAAAUG